AACACGGAGGUACAGAGUACUGACAGUCUGUAGAGCAGAGCAAACCAGCAGCCUGCUGUAGAGGAAGGAGCUGCUGCUGCUGACUGUGAUCCUGUUUAUUUUACUGAUGUGACGCCAGGAGAGAGGAGAGAGAGGGAGAGAAGGAAGAGCUGCUGAGUGUGAGGAGUCGACCUGCAGGUGUGCGUACUCGCUGCUCAUAUAGAGGAUUUAUUUUCAUGGACAUGGAUUAUUGGUGACCGUCUUUGGAUUUAGUUGAGACUCUGUCCUCCGCCUCGCGCCUCCUUCCUGUGUCUGCUCUCUGAGUGCGCGUAGAACAGGUGGAUCCUGUUUCUGUGCUCAGCCCUCUCCCCCUUCAUCCACCUUUCACCUUUAUGGGGAACCAGGUGGAGAAACUGACGCAUCUGAAUUACGCAGAGGUGCCAACGUCGGACCCAAAUGGGUUCGACCCGGACGACGACGUACCCCGGAUCGGCGUCUCUUACAUUUUCUCCAACGACGACGGCGACGAUGAUCAGGACGAACACAUGGACCACUUUUCAAAUGAAAACCACGCGGUGAAUCAUGACGAGAAGCCUUUCGACCCGCAGGACGAGCUGGAGUGCGCUGUUUACUACCGGGAGGAGUGCGUCUACGAGAGGAGCAGCGGGGACGCGACGCACUCAGCGGAGAGUCUGCUCAACAACUGCAGACCCGGAGACCUGCUGGAGUUCGUGGCCACUGGACAGUAUCCUCACUGGGCUGUUUACGUCGGGGACUUCCAGGUAGUUCAUCUGCACAGGGCUGAGAUAAAGAACAACUUCCUCACAGAUGUGAGCCAAGGUAAAAAAGGCCGGAUAGUGAACGGCAUGUACAGGUACCGUGCGCUCCCGCCGGAGGUGAUCGUGCGCAACGCCCUGGAUCACGUUGGCUCCAGAGACAGAGAGCUGUACUGGAGAAACUCUGAGUGCUUUGCCGCCUGGUGCCGCUUUGGGAAACGGGAGUUUAAAAUAGGAGGAGAGAUAAGGAUUGGAAAGCAGCCAUACAGGUUAAAAUUACUCUUUUCAGAGAAGAAGAGCCACGUCCUGGAGUUUCAGAGCCUGGAGGACGUGAUCAUGGAGAAGAGGAGGAACGAUCAGAUUGGAAAAGAUGCUGUCAUGCAGGAGCUUGCAAACCACCUGAACGCAACACAUGAAAUUAAAGAGGAGGAUUAUGUUAAAAGUUAAUGACUGCUGUUUUGGUCAUCUGGUGCGGAUUUGAGCUUAACAGAAAAAUGCACACUCAACAUGCUUAGACACAAAGCAUGUGUGCUGCUGCUGAGGAGGCAUUUAUCCCUCCUAUCAGCCAAUAAGAGCUCUGCCAGGGCUCGGUGCAUGUGCCAUACUGCAACCAAAAGUGUUUCUUGAAGGAUUCAAUCUUAGAUAUCCACUUUCCUUUCCAAAUAAGAAUAAAAACCCAGCCAUAUGUUGAUACUUCUCUCAUGUUUGCAGAUCACAGGGGCCAAACAAAGUUCAAACAAGUAAAUUUGCAUCAGAGAUGAAUGAAAACAGAACAUUCCCUUCCUCCUUCUAACAGAAAUUAGUUUUUACACACUCAAGGCAAAAUGAAGUGACUUGUUUUGACGGAUACAUCUGAGCUGCACCUGCAGACUAAUUAUUUGGAAAUGAAGUCAGAAUUUAAUGGCGUCAUCAUAAUUAUCUUUUCUAAUCUGGCGAAUCUUUGCACACAGGAGCAUAACCUCUUAAAUGUUUCUCCUACCUGAAGAGAGAGCUGAAAGUGCUCCUGCACAACUCAGGUGUCGGUGGAGAUCAAUACAGAGUGGAAAAGAAAGGACUGCGUGCUUUUAUAACUGUGACAACCUUGAGGAUUCCCUUCUGUUGCUUUCUAUCCAAUCAUCGCACAGCUUUACCCACUCUGUGACUGUUGUGCACAGUCUUCUAUGUGCACUUGUAUCGAUUUAGUCAUUUGAACAGUUUAUUUUUGAGAAAAAAAAAUAUGUUUGUAUGAAGAAAUACAGAAAUAAAUAUAUAUAUUUGAA